UUGGUACUUGCACCUUUGUCUUCUCCUUCACUUUCAAUUCUCCUCACCACAUCCUUCUACAUCAGGUUAUACUUUAAAAAGAGUUCAUAGAUAUGGAUUUUGGUGUUUCUAGUUUGGUUGGUUUUGUCUCCUCUGAAAAUAAGGAGACUUCACAGUUGUUAUCAAUGGAGGCCAAACCAAAGCUGGUUCCUGAUGAAUUUAGGUUUGGUAAUAAGCAAGAAAGAUCAUCAGCUGUGUCAGAUGAUUGUUAUGUUCAAAAAACAAUGCUAUUGCACCGGAAUAAUACUCCUUUGUUGAGAUCUAAUUCUAUGGUGCAUGGUGAUACUCAACAACAAGGGCUUAUAUCCAACUACUCUUCAUCUAAACCAGAAGUUACAACACUAACAAGGAAAGAUGAUGGAUUUGUGCAGAGAAGCUUCAAAACCCACACUGGCUUUCCUUACUAUCGAUCACCAUCUGCUUAUGCUAGAAGAAUUGGCAAUGUUACUGGAAAUGUGAAUAGGGCUUCAAGUGGGAUAAGAGGACCAUUCACUCCAUACCAGUUGAUGGAGUUAAAACACCAGUCCUUGAUCUUCAAGUACAUUUCCGCAGGCGCAUCUGUGCCUACCAAUUUGCUCAUACCUCUAAGAAAUAAGUCGGUUUACCCAUAUGGCUUGGCUCCUCCUACUGCUUCAUUACUCAGUCCCUAUUCAUUGGGAGGGAGUAAUCUCGGUCUGAAUUAUGCCAACACUAAUGAUCCUGAGCCUGGAAGGUGUCGUCGAACCGACGGAAAGAAAUGGCGGUGUUCAAAGGACGUUGUUCCUGACCAAAAAUACUGUGAAAGGCACAUUAAUAGAGGUCGCCAUCGUUCAAGAAAGCCUGUGGAAGGCCAAACUGAUUCUGCUGCCAAAGCCGGUAGCAGCAAUUCUAAAGUAGUGUUGCCCGUUAACACCUCCAUGGCGCCAUCUGUUCUAACCAACCCUGGUGCCACAAACAGCCUUGUGAUCACACAGCAGAAGUUCAAGAAUUUAGAACCUGAAAGACCUAAUUCUUCUCUAGAUGCCUUUCUCAACAGGUAUAGUCAAGGCAUAAGGAAUGUCCAUGACAGUGGCAAACCACAAGAUUUAAUGGGUUUUUCUAAUAAUGUGUCUUCUACCAUGAACCUGAAACCUGACCAGUCUGCUCUCAUUCUCCCUAACAAAAACAUCCCUAUUCAAGAAUCCUCUCAAUCAGAAAUUGGACUUGUUUCACCUGAUUCUGAUAUUACUCCUACUCAAAGUGUCUCUUUUAUGAAUUGUAAAAGUUUUGAAUCUUUUCCAAGCUUCGAUGACCUAGAAAACCAAGACCAACAUCCUUUUUGCCAGUGCUUUGAUGACUGGCCUGAAGACCAAUCUAAUUGCGCCAUCAUUACCUGCCCUGAAGAGUUGAACUCUGAUUGGAUCCAACAAUUGAUGUCAAUUCCGACCACUUCAGAUUUUUCAUUAUCAUGUUCCUCACCAAUACAAGACAAGUUUGAUGAGUUUAACCCCAUCCAAAUGGGAAAGGGAGUGAGUAAUGACAUACUUAGUGAAACUCCAAUGGAUGAUCCCUUAGGCGAGGGGUUAACCAACACCUCAUGGGGUGGCAAUUGCUGUACACAACUGGAAUAUUCUUCAAAUGGUAUCUUGCAAAAAGAGACUGAAGGUUUCGCUUCGAGUAGCAGCCCAAAAGGUGAGACCAAGCUGAAGAAUAACGAAGAUGGGGUCCUGAAUGAUGAUGCUGUCGGUUCGUCAUCAGUUAGCUCUUCUACCAUUUAAGCUACCAGAAAUACCUUAAGCAAUAAAAAGAUUCAAACUUUUAAGUGAAGAUUCCUGGAGUUUGUUUAUCUCAUAAUAAUAUAGAAAAUUGCGAAUGUCAAGAGUAGGCCAUUUUUGCAUAUUAUAUAGUUUGUGAUUCAGUUAAUUCUGCUUUCUUAGACAGAAUUUCCAAGAAUGUAGCUUUGCUUAUCUUAUUUAAAUAUAGACAGUUUCUAGGGUGACUUUGUUUAAA